AUGGAGCGCCACGCGCUGAUUCUCCUCUGCCUCCUGCUGCUCUGUGCGACGGUCUGCACUGCCUACGGCGCGUCGACCACAUCAUUUCUCGACGCGCUCCUCGCUCACCAAGGCGGCUCUUCUGCCGCUUCUGCCGCUUCUACCGCUCAGGCCAAGCCUCUGAUUUAUAAGGGAAAGAGAUACGGGAAAUACGUGGCCAAACUGCGUCCUACCAAGCUCAACGGGAAGUUAGUUGGUGACGCAGGAGCUUCGGGGGCAAUUUCCGUCAAGGCAGUGAA